AUGGAAAGUUUAAAUCAGGAUAAUAAUGCUAAUUUAUCGGAUUUCAUUGCAAAGUCAGCUAUUUUGGAUGGAAAAUACUUCACCGAAGUUGAAGUUGCUGAUAAUAAUGUAAAGUCAAAGUUAUUUCGUACUCAAGCUGCGGUUGAUAAACUUAUAACUAAUUUUAUUAUAAAAAGAAUGCGCGCCCUAUCAACGGUUGAACAACCUGUGUUUAUUGAACUUGUAACUGGAUUAUGUGAAGUUGAAUUAGAAUUCUUGGAAGAAUAUUGUCAAAUUUUAGAACCGAUUGCAGCAGCUUUAGAAAGACUGCAAAGCGAUAAAAACUGUUUCUACGCCGAUUUGGUUCCAACUCUGUUUAAAAGUGUGGAGUCUGAUGACGAUUACUUUGGCUUCAGACUGAACACUUCCGAAUCUGCCAAUGCCACCACUUCAAGUUCUAAUGUUAUGAUUUUAGCAAAACACAUCGAAGAAAUUGUUCAUAUGUCGAUUGUUUUAUAA